AUGUCCUUCAAAGGAGCCCAACGAAUUUCCAAGAAGGAGAAGGCAAUGCAGUACAUAGGAGUAAGAAAGAAGUACCAUGGAGGCUUUGGAGUAGAGAUUCGAGACCGCGCCAUCAAUGGUCGUGUGUGGUUGGGCACCUAUAAAACCCCUGUGGAGGCAGCCCUUGUAUAUGAUGAGGCAGCCAGAGCUGUGAGAGGUCCCAAAACCAAAACCAAUUUCCCACUUCCUCAUUUCAAACCCACCUGCACCCAAUUUCUCUCAUCUGGAGCUUUGGAAAUCCUCAAGGCCAAGUCUAAUUCCCCACUUCCCCACCCCAAUGAUGCUCAAGAAAAAAACGCCACCACCCAUCUUCCACCACCUAGAGCUUUACAAGGCCGCAAACCCAUGAAAACCAAUGAAAAAUCCAAUGUCACUAAGCCCUGGACCCAUGCUUUUCUCACUAGAUACCACAAUGUGGGCAAUGCCAGCUCUGAUCUGGCUUCUUGUGAUGCUCAAGUGCCGAACCUUCAGGAUAGUGUAGAUUUUGAUGGUGUUUCACCUUCGUCGACUGUGAUAGACAAGGAUAAUUCUUCCACAACAUCUGGGCAUAAUGGGAGGUGGUUAGAUUUGAACCUUCCUCCACCGGAUGAAGAUGAUGAAGACCAUUCUUGCUUCGUUUGA